AUGGUGUUCAAGCUCUCUGUUGCAUUUAUUGCUCUCGCUUCAUUGGCUAGUGCGGCCACACUCAAGAGGGCUGCAUGUCCAGGCGGCAAGCAUACUGCUAAGAACCCUGCGUGCUGUGUAUUCUUCGACCUCGCCGACACACUUCAGACCGACCAGUUCUUUAACAAUGAAUGUGGAGAACACGCUCACGAGUCUCUGCGCCUGACGUUCCAUGACGCUAUCGGUUUUUCGGCCAGUGGAAAGCUGAAGGGAAAUGGUGCCGAUGGCUCGAUCAUGCUGUUCGCCGACACGGACAAAACCGAACUCAAUGAUCCUGCCAACGCCGGCAUCGAUGAUUCAGUCGAUUUGCUCUCGCCUCUCCUCCAUAGCUUCAAUGUCACGGCCGGGGAUCUCAUCCAAUUUGCGGGAGCAGUUGCCGUUUCGAACUGUCCAGGAGCACCUCAACUCGAGUUCCUCGCAGGCCGUCCCAACGCGACUAUCCCUGCACAACAGGGCACCGUUCCUCUGCCACAAGACCCUGUUGGCAAGAUUCUUGCUCGUAUGGCAGAUGCGGGGCUCAGUGCAGAAGACACAGUCAAUCUUCUUGCUUCGCACUCCGUUGCGCGUUCCGACACGCUCAUACCGGGAGAAACGGCUGUUCCCUUCGACACGACGCCUUUUACCUUUGAUUCGCAGAUCUUCCUUGAAGUUUUGCUCAAGGGUACGGGUCUCCCCUUCGGUAAAAACAACUCCGACGGUGCAGAAGUUCUGUCGCCACUCCCCGACGAAGGCGAGAUGCGCUUGCAAUCUGACUUUGCGAUUGCGCGUGACCCGCAGACAGCGUGCUUCUGGCAGGACAUGAUCAACCAACAAUCUCACAUGAUGACGGCAUUCCAAACGUCCAUGAAGAAGAUGGCAAUCCUCGGUCAUGACAGGAACCAACUCAUCGACUGCUCGGAAGCUGUCCCCGCACCGAAGGCGAAAUUUACCAAGUCAAUCACUUUUCCUGCUACGAAGAACUUCUCGGAUAUCCAGCAAGUCUGCAACCAUCCCUUCCCUACUCUUUCUACGGACCCUGGUGCCGAAACGACGAUCCCUUCCUGCCCUCCUGGCGAAGCAACCUGCGACGAAUCUUGA